GGCUGAGAUCAAGUGAGAUCAGGGUCAUCUUUGUUGGGAGUGGGUUAUUGUCACUUGUCAGCUGUCAGGUGAAUGUAGUAGGGAUGUGCAAGAUGUGUGUCCUGAGCAAUGGUUACCAAUGACCUUGACACGCACCUCUUGACCACUGCUGGGGGACAUGGGAUGCAUGUCCAGCAAGGCGGACAUCAAUGACCGUCACCCAAACAUCUUCCAAGUGGUCAACAUCGACGACCUUGGUCAGGAGCUGCGACCGGCCAAACUGGAGAUCACAGAUCGGGACAUUAUUCUCCACCAAAGAGGCCGCUCGGGCGUCCGAUGGCCCAUCCGCUGUCUGAAGCGGUACGGCUACUCGGAGGGCGUGUUCAGCUUCGAGCUGGGCCGACGCGCCCCCACCGGCGCCGGCGUGUACGCCUUCAAGUGUGAGCGCGCCGAGGCCCUGUUCCAGCUGCUGCAGACGUGCAUCCAGAACCCGGCGGACGAGGGCCGCCAGACGCCCGCGCACGGGGACGUCACGGCGGCGGCCAACGGCGACGUGGCCGCCCUGGAGGCCUGGCACGGACCGGCAGACGGCUCGGACCAGGCCGUGUACGUCAACGAGGAGGUGUGGUCGGAGGAGGCCGCCGCGCCGCCGCCCGACGCCGAGCCGGCCAAGCAGCCGCCGGUGCCGGCGCAGCGUAAGUCCAAGCCAGCGCACUCGUACCUGAACACGGUGCCGUGCGACAUCAACACCAACUACCAGUCGGCGGAGGAGGCCGAGCGGCGCCACCUGUACGUGAACGUGCUGCCCGAGGCGGGCGUCGCCAGUGCCGAGGACGCCGAGCGGUGCUACGUGAACAUUGCGGCCGGGAGUGGCGCCGCGCGCCUCGUGAACUACGCCGUGCUCGACCUGCAGGCGGCCGGGCCCGGCCAGGGGUACGCCACCAUCGACUUCGACAAGACGGCCGCGCUCUCGAUGGCCGUCAGCCGCGUCGAUCCGGAGGAGGAGGCCGAGUGUCGGCGCAAGACGCGCCACAACUCGACCAUCGUCGAGCCGGGCCUCUCCCGGCACAACUCGGUCAUCAGCACCUAG